ACACACUCCGAUUGGCUAAUCGGACUCCCACGAGGGGUCGCAUGCAAAAGAUUUGCGAAAGGGUUUAUUGUUUCUUUGCUUUCGGGAGGCGAAAUUGUUUGCUAUCCACUCAGUUCUACAAUCAAAUAAGGAGGCAAAAAAUGGCUGGUGGCAAAGCAGGAAAAGACAGCGGCAAAGCCAAGGCAAAGGCAGUGUCGCGCUCCCAGAGAGCUGGGCUGCAGUUCCCAGUGGGUCGUAUCCACAGACACUUGAAGACCCGCACAACCAGCCAUGGUCGUGUUGGAGCCACAGCAGCUGUGUACAGUGCUGCCAUCCUUGAGUACCUCACUGCUGAAGUACUAGAGUUGGCGGGAAAUGCCUCCAAAGACUUGAAGGUGAAACGUAUCACUCCCCGUCACUUGCAGCUUGCCAUCCGUGGUGAUGAAGAGUUGGAUUCCCUUAUCAAGGCAACAAUUGCUGGUGGAGGUGUCAUUCCUCACAUCCACAAAUCCCUCAUUGGGAAGAAGGGCCAGCAGAAGACUGCAUAGAUGCCAUGUUGACCAGAAAUUUCGGGACUUGGGCUUUGUUUGGACCAGGAGUUCACAUUUGUUCUUUUCUAUUAUUAAUAUUAUAGCAAACGAAGAGUGAUUGUUAGACUUUGUGUUGUUAUGUUUCCCGUUAUUAGUAAAAACAAACAAAAAAAAGUACAGAAAAUCCCUUAACUACAGGACAUUUGUAUUUUAUUGUAGUAGGUUUGACUGGGGAGUUCCAUGCUGAAAUGACAGUGAAUUUGUUUGAUUGGCAUCUGAAUCUGUAAUGUUUUAUACUGAAAAAAAAAAAGUUAAAAUCAUUUUUUAUAUAAAAGAUUUGUUUUGUGGUUAUUUUCUUGACUUUACAAUAUUUGCUAUUACAGGUUUUUAAGGAGAUGAUUGUUUUGAACAGCUAAUUGGGUAAAAAACAUGGUUAAAUGUGAGAUGGUGCUUUUUUCCUUUGGAAUUACUGUAAUAUCUUGAACUACAAAAGAUGAUGUAUGAAAAGUUGGAUUUUUUUGUUUUUUACUUAAAUGAAAAUGAACACGUACUGUAAAAGUCUGCUACAGUGUUUCUGUGAAUGUUUACAGCAUUUUAAAACAAAUCGAUAAACUUGAAAUUAUAAUGACAGUGUGAUCCUCAUACUAUCAGAAAACACAGAUUGUUGCUAUAUUUUCCUCACUGGAACAAAAGUCCUGCCAUUUACCUUUUUAUUACAAAUGGUUAGUUAGUAGCUAGAUAUUUAGGAAAGAUCUGAAUUCUUCUGGAGCUUGAAGCAUUUAUCUGCAACACCUAAAAUGUAUGGGUAAACUGAACUGCCCUCACAUGUCCACAGCAGAAGUCUGCCUUUUCUAAAAGUAAUGUGUUUAGGACAAUGACUGCGUUUUUUAUUUUUGUCUGAAUAAAUAUCCCUGGCAUGUUGUACUUGA